CAGGACUCUGGCCCUCUGCUCCUGCUCUCCGCACGAUAGAACACCCCAUUCGACUCGCCGGUCCAGAUCACUGUUCCCGCACUCUUCAUGAUCAUCAUCACGACUCCGCUUGUAUAGAUCAUAGAGCCUCCGCUGGAAAUCAUCGAGCCAGUGUUUAGUCAUCACUGCCGAAGCCACACUCCACGAUAGGAACUUCUCGUGGACAACAACCACCACCUAAUUCUGUCAUCGGAAACCGACGACUCCAUAAUCAUGGCUGGCCCUCACCAUCACGGUCAUGCCCAUUUCCACCGGCACGUCGAUGCUGGCCAUCGGGUCUCAGUCGAGCACGUUGCGAGAGCAGUGCCUGUGACUGAGGCCCGUAUGGCAAGCCCGGCUCAGGGCAUUGAGCAGCCUACCGGACCGCUCACAGCUCGUGGCGUUGGGGACAAGCCCAUCGGUCCCGACGUCACAAAUAUCGCCAUCGCUUGUGGCAUCGCUAUCCCUAUGGUGCUUGCCAUUAGUGUUCUCCUCUUCCUUCAUCGUCGGUCGGUCAAGCGACAGCGGUUAGAGGAUGCCGACGACAAGUACAAGUCCAUGGACUUUGGCCUUGGAGAGGGUGUUGGAGGUUCAAAGAACGGCAAACGCCGAAGCAACUUCUUUGGCAAAGAGAAGGACUCGGCACACAAGACCCAGCUUUCUAUGGACAUGAACCUCUCGAGCCCUUAUCUUCUCCCGCCAACCCUGCAGCACUCGCGCGAAUCUCUUGCCAGGUCACUCAACAAGGAUGAGAGUGACCCUUACCGACUUGUACCUGAUUACGCCAGCGAGGUCGGUUCCAUGAGGUCGUUCCCGAACAAACGCCCAGACCGUGGGUCAUCCAUCUACUCUGGAAAGACUGGUGCUACCCGCCCCAGCACGGACGCGCCGCAGAGCAAUUUCCCUCUUCGUCAGAAUUCGCUCCCUCCUCCUACAUCGCCUUUGCCACAGCUGCCAGCUGCUGCUCAGCGCGCAGAAAUCGUUGGCUCCGCCACUGCCCCUGAGCUUCCUGCGAAGAAUGAGUUCCGCUUCAACGACGAUGAGUCUUCGCGCCCCCAAGGCGCGUCUCAAACUAUUCCGGAGGAGGGUGUGCCAGAGAUUCAACAGCCUCCUCAAGCUGCUACCAAAUCGUCUGCAAGAGUUGUGUCCGGCCAAUCGGCGUCCAGCGUCCAGCAGCAAUACGAAUCUAGAGCUGCGUACGACCGCGAGUCUGGACCCCUGCCUCCUCGCGAUCCUUCCCGUGGCCAAGGACUGGGUAUCACAGAUGCUACGCCGUACCCGAGUGACAACAACAUGCCGGUCAUUGUGACCGAAACUCAGCCCGCGUCUUCUGGCUUUGACUUCAAUCUCAACACAUCUUCCCCCCAACUUGGUGGCGGUCUUCGCUCACAGGAGCAGGAUGAGGCGUACCCUCAGGAGCACGACUACCCCCACUCUGCUGGUCUCGCUGUUCCGGAGCAGGCCAACAAGCGUCUGUCUGUCGGGUUCCGUCCUCUCCCACCGGAUGACUACCUCGAGUCUGAGGAUCCUGAGUUCAGAGCCAACAGAAUUCGAUCGUUCUACAAGGAGUACUUUGAUGACUCGAUCAAGCAGGACAGCGGUAAGCCACCGCCUUUGCCGAACCAGAAUGGCGGACCCGCACAUGGUAGUCAGGAACCUGCCUACUAUGAGGACUACGACGCCAACUACAUGGGUGGCGAGGCGGCUUACUUUGAUCCCGAGACCAAUGCCUUUGUCAUGCCUUAUGCCCAGCCCGUCACACGACGAGCCAUGACACCGCCCCCGAACAACAGACGCCCUAUGCCAGGACCCAGAGGUGGUGGCCCACACCGUGGACCGCCCAUGAUGCCUGGUGGCGGCCCUGGCCGGCCCAGAGCAGGAUCGACCAUGUCUGGCGCCAUGGGCCGCCCUAGGGCUGGCUCCACGAUGUCGGGUGGACGAUUUGGACCUAACGGCUCGGGAUACAUGAGCCCGCGCCCUGGCUCUUCUGCCUCGCAGCAGCGAUCUGUCAACGGAGGCAAGCCUCGCAAGCCAAUGCCCCCGCCCGCUGCCCUGACGACACUUCCUACUCCCUCAAAGCUCAAGGAUGACUCCUUCAGCAUCUUCAACGCCGCCGACUUUGCGCCUCCCCCCAACAUCAGGGAUCAGGCUCGUGGUCGCUCCCAGAGUCCUCUUGGCGAGCGCAGACCUUACCACAGCCCAUCAGUGCCUGUGCACUCACCUCUCGUAAGCUCUUACGAUGAGGUUGCUGCACUUCCCAGCCCGCAUCUUCUGCGCAAGUCUAGCACCUUCACCGGAUUGGAUUUCGCGCCACCUCGCCGGUUCAAGGACCCUGACACGAUGAGCGAUGCCGGAUCGAUCCGCUCCAACAACAGUGGCAUAAGCUCCAAGAACGCCAUCGCUCUUCGGAACGGCGCUGGCCGAGUCAGCCGGCUGCCCGGCGACACUGUCUUCACUCAGCAUGAGAUGGCCGCGACCCUUAGGCCACAGAUGGACAUGAUCAACAGGUCAUAAGCGAUUGCCACUACAGAGGAAGGUUGCACACAAGAUGUUGUACAUAUGUCUUUUUGAUAGCGCUGCAUUGGAAGAGUCUUGUGCCAUGGGCUUGUAUGGAUUGUCAUUUUCACGAUGGCUCUUCUCGUCAUGGCUUGGCACAUGCACGAUCCAUCUUUGGGGGCCCCCUUGGCUGGGCACCACACAAAAGCAUCACGACCUAGCGUAUUUUACCAUUGUC